UCACACACACUCACACAUAUAGAGGAAGGUGUGUGUGUGGCCAGCAGCAGAUUCUGCAGCAUUUGGAUUUUAUUUUCAUUUUUUUAUAUUUUAUAUAAUACACUAAACACCGCCAUUAUGUUGUGGACAGCGAGUCAAGUCUUAAGGAAAUUCUCCACCUCGUCCAAUUACUACCAGAAUAAGCUGAAACUAGCUAUAAUCGGCCAGAGCUUGUUCGGCCAGGAGGUGUACAGCAACCUGAGGAAGCAGGGGCACAAGGUGGUGGGUGUGUUCACAGUCCCCGACAAGGAUGGCAAGGCAGACCCGCUGGCGGUGGCGGCAGAGAAGGACGGGACGCCGGUGUUCAAGUUCCCACGGUGGCGAGUCAAGGGGAAGCCCAUCCCAGAGGUGGUGGAAGCGUACAAGACUGUGGGCGCCGAGCUCAACGUCAUGCCCUUCUGCUCCCAGUUCAUCCCCAUGAACGUAAUCGAUGACCCCAAGCACGGCUCCAUCAUCUACCACCCCUCCAUCCUGCCCCUGCAUAGAGGAGCGUCGGCCAUCAACUGGACCCUGAUCCAUGGUGAUAAGAAGGCUGGAUUCUCAGUGUUCUGGGCUGAUGAUGGACUGGACACCGGACCAAUCCUGCUGCAGAGGGAGUGUGCUGUGGAGCCCAAUGACACUGUGGACACACUUUACAACCGCUUCCUCUUCCCAGAGGGCAUCAAGGCUAUGGUGGAGUCAGUUCAGCUCAUUGCUGAUGGGAAGGCUCCCCGGAUUCCCCAGACAGAGGAAGGAGCCACCUAUGAAGGCAUUCAGAAGAAAUCCAACGCCAAGGUCAACAUGGCCCAGCCGGCUGAGACCAUCCACAACUGGAUCCGCGGCCAUGACAAAGUCCCCGGAGCAACCACUGUCAUCGAUGGUCAGACUGUGACCCUCUAUGGCUCGUCCAUGUUGGGGGGGUCGGCACCAGCUGGUCAGCCCCUGGAGAUCGAGGGGGCAUCGCAGCCCGGCCUGGUCACCAAGAACGGGCUGGUGCUGUAUGGAACAGAUGGGAAAGCUCUCCUGGUGAAGAACCUGCAGUUUGAAGAUGGGAAGAUGAUCUCUGCUGCGAAAUACUUCUCCUCUGGGGAAAGCUCCAGUGUGGAGCUGACUGAUGAUGAGAAGAAGAUAGCAGAGGAGAUCAGGAACAUCUGGAAGGGCAUCCUCAGCAAUGUCCCCGCCGUUGAGGACACCACAGACUUCUUCAAGUCCGGAGCCGCCUCCAUGGACGUGGUCAGGCUGGUUGAGGAGGUGAAGCAGAAGUGUGCCGGCAUCCAGCUGCAGACCGAGGACGUGUACAUGGCCACUACCUUCCAGGACUUCAUCCAGAUGUUUGUCCGCAGGCUAAGGGGAGAGGACCAGGAAGAAGAGCUGGUCGUCGACUAUGCAACCAAAGAGAUAAACAACAUGACAUUGAAGAUGCCACACCAGUGUUUUAUCAACGGCAACUUUGAGGAUGCUGAAAACGGCAAGGUCUACGAUACCAUCAACCCUACUGACGGAUCGGUGAUCUGUAAGGUGGCCUACGCCUCUGUGGGUGAUGUGGACCGGGCUGUGGCUGCUGCCAAAGAAGCUUUUUAUGAAGGACCCUGGGGCAGGAUGAACCCCAGAGACCGAGGAACUCUGCUUUUCAAGCUGGCAGACCUGAUGGAGGAGCACCAGGAGGAGCUGGCCACCAUCGAGACCAUCGACUCAGGCGCUGUGUACACGCUGGCCCUCAAGACACACGUUGGCAUGUCCAUCCAGACCUUCCGGUACUUCGCUGGCUGGUGUGACAAGAUCCACGGCAAGACGAUCCCCAUCAACCAAGCGAGGCCCAAUCGCAAUCUGACCUUCACUAAGAGAGAACCUAUCGGUGUGUGUGCCAUUAUCAUCCCAUGGAACUACCCUCUCAUGAUGCUGGCGUGGAAGAGUGCUGCCUGCCUCGCAGCAGGAAACACACUUGUUCUUAAACCCGCACAGGUCACUCCAUUGACGGCACUGAAGUUUGCUGAGCUGUCAGCGAAAGCUGGCAUUCCAAAAGGAGUCAUUAACAUUUUGCCCGGCUCAGGUGGUAUGGUGGGACAGCGCUUGUCUGACCACCCAGACAUCCGCAAGCUUGGCUUCACUGGCUCAACACCCAUCGGCAAACAGAUCAUGAAGAGCUGUGCGCUCAGUAACCUGAAGAAGGUGUCUCUGGAGCUGGGAGGGAAGUCGCCCCUCAUCAUCUUCAGUGACUGUGACAUGGACAAGGCUGUUCGCAUGGGCAUGAGCUCGGUUUAUUUCAACAAGGGAGAGAACUGCAUUGCUGCUGGACGUCUGUUUGUGGAGGAGUCCAUUCACGAUGAGUACAUCAGCCGAGUGGUGGAAGAGCUCAAGAAGAUGAAGAUCGGAGACCCUCUGGAUCGUUCCACAGACCACGGCCCACAGAAUCACAAAGCCCACAUGGACAAGCUGCUGGAGUACUGCGAGGUCGGACUGAAGGAGGGGGCUACGCUGGUGUAUGGGGGCAAACAGGUGGACAGGCCAGGUUUCUUCAUGGAGCCCACUGUGUUCACUGGUGUGGAGGACCACAUGUUCCUCGCUAAAGAGGAGUCCUUCGGCCCCAUCAUGGUGGUGUCCAAAUUCAAAGAUGGCGAUGUGGACGGCGUGCUGCGGAGAGCCAACGACACAGAGUACGGCCUGGCGUCAGGCGUCUUCACACGCGACAUCAACAAGGCCAUGUACGUGAGCGAGCGGCUGGAUGCUGGGACGGUUUUCGUCAACACCUACAACAAGACCGACGUGGCUUCACCUUUCGGAGGCUUUAAGCAGUCUGGCUUCGGAAAAGACCUCGGAGAGGAUGCUCUCUUGGAAUACCUCAAGACCAAAGCAAUUACCGUGGAGUACUGAGACUCACUGACCUCCAUCUGAACAGGAAGAGACUCGUCUGCCUGCCUCAGUCAGACAUCCAGCUUCAUCUAGCAUUGCUUCUGGACAGUGUGUGUGAAUGAGAGGAGAGCCAAAGUUUGGACUACAUGCCUGUCUGUUCUUGGCUUUCUAUGUAAAAAAAUUACAUCAUGGACAAGGGACAUGUGUGGUUUAUACGCGUCUGUGUAUCCACACACAAAACCCAGAGUUGGACGCCUAAUGGGAGCCGAACUAGCUCUGAUUGUUCUCAAGGUUGCAGUUUUAAAGGAUUGUGUUUUACGUUAAAACACCACAUUUUCAACCUGAAACCUGUUUUCCCUUUAUUAUCAAGAAUCAGUUUUGUUAAAUCAUCUAAAAUGAUGUCUUUCUCAUUUAAUUGUAAUGCUGCCUUUAUCAUACUUAGUUAAGGAAUGAUCAUCUACACAAAAACGUGAAUGUUGAAGCUUGUGUUCAGUAGCCAGUGGACAGAAUUGAUCAUUGACAUAAUGGGAAAACAGGAUUCAGUUCAGAAAGCCUGAGUUACAUUAGAAUAAUUUAUCUGCAUAAAAGUCGUUUUUAAGGAAAAUCUUAACUCAAGGUCAUUUCAACCCCAUUAGCAGAUUUAGACAGAGUUCAAGGGUAACUUGGUAGUUUGAACUUUUAAGUUUGUUUUACUAUCUCAAUCAGGGUGGGGCGAGAAGUGUGCACAUGUAACCACGCCCACAGUGAUGUCACAGUGUACUGACACACCCUGGAGUACAUCUAUAUCACUGCAGGAAACUGAAAGAAUUCACUUUCACACUCGCAUUAAAACAAACUGAUAGCAGGAAAAUAAGGGAUUUUUCACUAUGUUUUAUUCUUAUUGAUUCAAUAAUUAAGGUCUUAAUGAGAACUGACUUCACAGCCAAAUGCAAGUUUGUAAAGAACCAUGCUUUUAGAAUGAUUUUUGUACCUGUCAGUUAUAUUUAACUUUUUAGCUGCUUCCUAGCAUCAUAUUCUUAAAGAGGCCAUAUUAUGCUUUUGGAGGUUUUCCCUUCCCUGUAGUGUGUUUGUGUGCAUGUAAAUGGUCUGCUAAGUCCCAAAUCCCAAAGUCCCCUCAAGAGGGAGUUUCUCGAAAUGAGCAUGAUAGGGCCCCUUUAAACUAUGUCAUGAAAAAAAUCGUUUUCAAAAGACAAACAUUCAGCAGUGAUGCUAGUUGUUUCUUAAAUUAAAAUGUUUUUUUUAGACCGUUAUCAAAUCAAAUCAAUUACACAGCUUAGCAAAAUUGACUUUGUUAGAAAUUACAAACAGAAGUUAUUCAUUCUGAUGUAUUACUCUCAUAUUUCAAAUUAUAUUAUAAAUCUUUAUUUCUGUUUGUACUUAUCAGUAUUUAAUUGUCACAAUGGCAGCCAUUUUUAUUCUAUCUCCAUCACACACACUCUAGUUGUUAACAUGUCUUCAUUCUUUAGGCAUACCCUGUUCCCCUUAGUAAAUUUGACUUUUGUAAAUAUGUUUAGCAAUACAGGGAGAAUACUAUUUGAUAUAUUUUUGUCAGACAGAGGAAGACUGUAUGUUACAACUCUGAUAUAUUCUUAAAAGACACCAGCUAGAUGUUUUUAUGCAUCACUAAGUGAAGAAGUACCCAUAUUAUCAUUAAAGGCAGGGCUAAGAUGCAAGUGUUUUUUUCUCCUCCUUGGUGGAAAAGGUGAGAUCUGCCCCCUCAAUACAUCUUCAGCUGGUACUGUCAUACAAUGGUGAAUAAACUUUGAUUUGAAUUUGA